CGCCCCCCGAGGCGCCUGACGCUGAACCGCAGCCCCUUCACAUUUCCAGCCCCGCGGAUCUCCAUUUUCUUCUUUCCCGAUAUUGAGGAUCGGAGGAGUAAAGAUUUGGAAAAAUGAAUGAAGAAUACGACGUUAUCGUGCUGGGCACAGGGCUUACGGAAUGCAUUCUAUCAGGCAUCAUGUCAGUGAAGGGGAAGAAGGUUCUGCACAUGGACCGCAACACCUACUACGGAGCUGAGAGUGCCUCCAUCACGCCUCUCGAAGACCUCUACAAGCGCUUCAACCUUCCUGGCAAACCUCCUGAGUCAAUGGGAAAAACCCGGGAUUGGAAUGUGGACCUCAUCCCUAAAUUCCUUAUGGCCAACGGUCAGCUGGUGCGCAUGCUGCUGAUCACACAGGUGACCCGCUACCUGGAUUUCAAAGUGAUUGAAGGCAGCUUCGUGUACAAGGGAGGCAAAAUCUAUAAAGUCCCCUCUACUGAGACUGAGGCUCUGGCAUCUAGUUUGAUGGGCUUGUUUGAGAAACGACGCUUCAAAAAGUUCCUGAGCUUCAUCGCCAACUUCGACGAGAAGGACCCCAAAACCAUGGAGGAUGUCGACCCCAACAAGACCACCAUGAGGGACGUUUUCAAAAAGUUUAGCCUGAGCCAGGAUGUCUUGGAAUUCACCGGCCACUCCCUCGCCCUCUACCGCACAGACGAUUACCUGGAUCAGCCUUGCAUUGAAACGAUAAACAGGAUAAAGCUUUACAGUGAGUCUCUGGCCAGAUAUGGCAAAAGCCCGUACCUCUAUCCACUGUACGGCCUGGGAGAGCUGCCACAAGGAUUUGCCAGGCUGAGUGCCAUCUAUGGUGGGACGUAUAUGUUGGACAAGCCCAUAGAGGAGAUCGUGAUGGAGAAUGGGAAGGUGGUGGGCGUGAAGUCUAAGGGAGAGAUUGCCAGGUGCAAGCAACUGAUCUGUGACCCCAGCUACGCCAUGGAUCGUGCCACCAAAGUGGGCCAGGUGGUCCGAGCCAUCUGCAUCUUGAGUCACCCCAUCAGCAACACCGGCGAUGUCAACUCCUGCCAGAUCAUCAUCCCCCAGUAUCAGGUCAACAGGAAGCACGACAUCUACGUUUGUUUGAUCUCCUUUGCUCACAACGUGGCAGCAAAGGGUAAAUAUAUCGCCAUCGCCAGCACCACGGUGGAGACGAGCGACCCUGAGAAAGAGAUCAAGCCGGCCCUGGACCUGCUGGAGCCCAUCGAUCAGAAGUUUGUCAGCAUUAGUGACCAGUAUGCACCCACUGACAUGGGCGCCGACAGCCAGAUUUUCAUCUCCCGUUCAUAUGACGCCACGACUCACUUUGAGACCACCUGUGACGACAUCAAGGACAUCUACCGGAGGAUGACGGGCUCGGAAUUUGACUUUGCCGAGAUGGAGCGCAAGAAGCAGGACAUCUUCGGCGACGCCGCAGAGUAGAGGCGAAGUGUCCGCAACACUCCUGAUUAUCAAAGACAACGCUGCCGACAACUGAAAUCUUAAAAAUAGAAAACCUACACAAAAAACGUACACACCAGUGGGCUGGCUGAUUUUUUUCCAAGUAUGGUUUGCCCAUUGAGGAAGUUCAUGAUACAUAGAGAGAUAUGAUAUAGUAUUGUUGGAAAGGGUUCAGGGAGGGAGCUGUGCUUUUCAAAUCACAUUCAGAGGGUUGUUGCACUAAAUAAUUGUUAUGCCUGAUACACAGUAAUACCCUACAUUCUUCUGCUUCAUCGUGUUCAGAUGAUGCUUAGUCCAAAGAUGCCAAAUCAAAUGAUUCAUAAUCAAAAGUAUCCAUCAGAGUUGUGUGUUUUGGGAGGGCAAGUCUUUCUGUCAUUUUAAUAAAGGCGUUUGGAAGGUAUAGAAUAUCCAAACAUCAGUUAUUUAGUCUCUGCAGGUGUUUUUUCAUGUCAGGGUGAGAGAGGUGACUUGGAUUUGUGCGUCUGAAAGAAAUCAUGAGUAGCUCAGUGGUCCUCAAGCACUUUUCCGGCCCAGCAAUGGCAGACCGCCAUGCGAGGUGGCACCUCAGCUCAUUAUAUUGUAAGAUUUUGCGAAAAUAAAGUGGUUACCAGGGUGUGUGGGCUUGAUAUUAUUGAGUCCUUUUAACCCCUUUCUUGUCUAACCUCCAGCACAGCCAGACAUACCAUAAACCAAGCCACAAGAGCGCGAGUCCAGCAUAAACCACCUGAACCUGUUUUCAACAGCUUGAUUUACUACAACGCAUCAGAGGAGAUAUAUUAGUUCCUGUAUUAUGCAAAAUGAUGGAUGACCUGAGCAUUAACAGCAGAUAAAUGGAAGUAUGGUUGACUGUAAUUGCUUAAGAAGGACCAAAUGUGUACUGCAGCAGUAUUGAAUUGAUGAGAGCCCUGUGAAAUCCUCUGUUGUGAACAACUUUAAAAAAAACAAACAUCUUGGGCUCAAAUGAUUUCUGUACUGCAAAGUAAAAACAACUUU